GGAGAGCAGACCGACACAAGAUCAUGUUUGCCAGGAGAGCACAAUACGAACAGCAGAGACUUCACAUGAUGAGCCCUAAAGGGAUGCCAGACCCUCCAAGGGACUACCUGCCUACCAAGGUGUCCUCAAACCCUGGCAGGCCCACCUGCUCCCAGCUGGGCCAGAGCUGCCUGCCUCACCAGGGAUGCUGCGAGACCUGUUCUACCUGCCAUUGCCACUUCUUCCAAGCCAUUUGCUUCUGCAGGAGGAGUAAUGUGUCGUGCAGCCACAACUCUUGAAGGAGGGCCACAAGCUUGCGACUGGACCAACGCAGCGUCCGCCAUGUUGUGUCACUCUGAAAACAAUAAAUGGUCAUUAGAAGGACGUCGUUAUGUAACCUAAUAACUGAACAAUGUUACUAUUCACUGUGCUUUUCUUACUUUUCAUGUCAUUCUCCUUUUGUUGUAUUGUUUUGCUCCUA